CCUACCAAGUCUCAGCGCCCUUUGCAAACUUAGUUCCCAGGAUUAUUUGGAGACGCCAAGGUUCUUGCGAGCGCCGUAGGACGGCUAUAAAUGGACGGUGCGCACGAAAGUGGAAGAUCCGGCUAGCCAGAUAGCAGGCCCCUUCAAGCAGCAUAAAUUUGGUGGAGCCCCGGGCGAGGGAGCCGCGGCCCUUUCCCCUCGGAUCGUGUCGCCAGGCUGCUCCCCUCUCGGCAGCCCCGGGGAGGCGGGUCUCUCUCCGGCCUCCGCCCCUCGCCCGAGGCGGCCGCCUGCGCGUCCCUCUCGCCAGUGCGCUCCGGGCGCGCGGAGGAAGAAGGAGGCGCGAUGGUGGGGCGGCUCAGCUUGCCGGACGUCCCGGAGCUGCCGGACUCGAAGCGCCGGGCCGAGCGGGGCCUCGACAGCCCCGACUCCGGGCUGCCCCCCAGCCCCAGCCCCGGCAGCUGGCUGCUCUCUGGCGGCGGAUCGGAGCGGGGAGGGGUCGCCAAUGCGCUGCCGGAGACCGAGAGACCGGAGACCAAGCCGCUUCCCAAGGAGACCUCGUCUUCUCCCAGCCCGCUGCUCCCUGGAUGCUCCUCUCGCUUAUGCCCUCUGUCCUUUGGGGAAGGAGUGGCGUUUGAUCCGUUGCCGCCCAAGGAUAUAAGGUACACCUCUUCGGUGAAAUACGACUCUGAGAAGCACUUCAUCAACAAUAUUUCUAUGCCGAUGGGGCUGGGAUUGUCCUCUUGCAGCCAGACGGUCAUCUGCGUCCCCAACAACACUUGGCGCAGCUACAAAGCGGAGGUGCACCUCGAACCGCGCCCCCGGCCCAGGAGUUUCUCCAGCACCACAAUCGUCUACCCCAAGCACACCAAGACUGUGUACACCACCACACUGGAUUACAACUGCCGAAAGUUCAUGCGGAAGUUCCUGUCCAGCGUGGAGCUGGAAUCGACUGGGAGUGAUAACAACCCUGAUGGUUGCUGACUACACUUUCUCUCUCUGUCUCUUUCCCUCCCUCCCUCUCUGCUGUUGCAACAUGAUGGGUUUCCGUCGCAUCGUAAGCUCUCCACCCGAUGGAAAUGGAUGAAACCCUGAAUUAGCUUUGCCUCCCGAACGAGUUUCCUCUUGUAGCUACCUCUCCUCCACGGCAUGUCUUCAGCCUUAAGGAUCCUGUGGGCCUGCACUUAAUUUAUGUCUACAGGAACGCAAAACCUAUUUUCUCCGAGGUCACUUUUUCUCCUUUCUUUUGCUGUCUUUUCCUCGUGUGGGGUGAAAAUAAGCGGACCUUUCUGUUCCAAGAGGAAAGUAACUUGUUCGUGGAGAAGAGAAGGAGCUUAGGACAAAGGCCUUCAAGGGAAAACAGUUCCUGAACUGGCAAUUGGAAACCAUCCUAGUGGCUCCUGCAUCAAGUAACUUUAUAUAUAAAGAAGAACUCUUUCCCACCUAAAAACCAUAACUUAUUUUCGAUAGUCUCAUUUAUUACGUUCAUGUAUUAAAACAGAAUUUUUGCCAGGGAGGGCUGGCUGGUGGUCAAAUCACAGUUAUAGAUUAUCACUCUAUAAACCUUACUGAUCACA